CCUCGCCCUCAGCCCUUCGCGCCGCUCCCGGGCCCCGCCUGCAGGUGCCGGCACCCACCUGCCCUUACCUACCAGCCCGGGCAGGCGCUCUGGGGCCCCUCCGCGCUGCGCACCGAGUCCCGCGCCGCCCACGCCCCUCCAGGACCCGGGCUGGACCCCCACGCUGUGCUGUUCCGCAGCAUCGCUUCCCGGCCUCGCGCUUCGGCUCCCAUGACACGCCCAGGCGGCUCCUGCUGCCCCUUACUGGCAGGACCGCGAGAGAGUUAAGCCCCUCAUCGUGCAGAAGCGGGCACUGAGGCCCAGGGAGGGGAUGGAAGUUUCCCCGAGGUCGUCCAUUUCGGGGAAUGGACUCCCUUAUUCCCCUCUGCCCAAACAUACACCUGUGUCCCUCACGCCAGCUUGAUGCCUAUUCUGCUUCCAAACUCAUUGGUCUUUCGUUCUAUUCCAGCCACCCAUCCUUCUGAUGACCAACUCAGCAUCUCCAUCUGCCCACUUCUCAAAUCUAUUCCCUCCCUGCAGGCUUUUUGCCUCACUCGAAGCCCUCAUCUCCCUAACCCACUUCCCAGGCCUCUCACAGCUCUUAAACCAACUCCCAUUGUCUGAUGAUACACGAUCUGUGGAUCCAUUGUAACCCUCUUAACUCCUCAGCAUUCCGUGCUUUCUCUACCCAUUCCCUACAUUGAAUGUUGGGAAAUCAUUCAGUGAGUUGAUUUAAAGUUCUGUUUAAAUGAUUUCUAAAGUCUUCAGAAGAAAAAAAAAAAAAAAGGAGGGUGGAGAUUUGGUCCUUUGAAAAGAUCUGGAAGAAGCCAAGGGAUGCCACCAGGCUAAAAAUGGUCAUUGGAAUGAUUCACACUUUAAAAGCUCUCUGCUGAGGUGGGCAUGGGCAUGGCCAUGGACCUCGUUUUCUUCUCAGUGGGCACUGAGUGUUAGCACCUAGUGCAGACCCAGUGAAGUUGAGAGGGCAACCUGUUGGCAAAACCUCGCAACUGGGUAAUAGUAAUUUAGAGUCUAAACUUCAGCCUAGUGACAUAGGGUUACUUUGAAUCCAGAAGACAAAGUUGUGGUCAGAGCCUGGGGUUGGUUUGUGCUGGAGCAAUAGCCACAAAAUGGCGUUGAGGUUGAUAACCAGAAAUUCAGAGAAGUCUAGAUAGCAAAGUGAAACAGAGUUGGGGAUACGAGUGGAGGUUGGGUGUUCCAGGGCUUAUAAUGAGCAUGAGAGAGUAGGCAGGUCCAGCGCAGAUUUGAGUAUGGGUGUGGGAGGAUGGGGUGGGUGGGGCUCCAUACAUCAGCACAUCCAGGAAUGAAUGGCUGGUAGCCAUUCUGUCAAGUCUUGAGGGUAGCUGAGCAGAUGAACCAGGUAGAGCAGAGCUGUAUUGGUACAGGGAUAGGGGCUCCAGAGUAAGCUAAGAAGAUAAAUUCCUGCUAACUUAUUUGUUAUAAUCUUUAAAUGGAAUUUUGAAUGAUGACACUGAAGUUUAGACUUGGCCCAAAUGGAGCACAUGCCUAAGGAAGGAAAAAAGGAACCAUUUGUGAAACAUGCACUAUACGUCAGUUACUUCUACAUAUGUCAUCUCAUUUAAUUCUGUCAACAAGCCUGAUUGGUGGUGUUUACAGAUGUGGGAAGUGGUGCUCAGGGCAAGUAACUUACUCAAGAUCAUACAGCUGGUAAGUGAAAGAGCCACAUUUAAACUGGGGCUGAUCCUUCUCCACAGCACAUUCUCAUGCCCACUUUUUCCCUCUUUGGGUGGAAAUGGGGUGGGGUUGGGGAGGACAAGAGCAGUGAGAAGACAGGAGAUAGUCUCCUAAAGUGUUGGUGAAGAGAGUGAAUCAUUUCCCUUAUUUACUUAUUUACUUAAUUUACUUAUUUAAUCAUUUACUUAUUAGUAAAAACAAGUUACUAAUAAGUAGUUAUUUUUUUUUUAAAAAGGAAAUUUAGAGAAGAAGGUACUUGUACUUCCUAUAGGUAUUUUCAAACUAUGUAUCAUGUUGCUAUGGAUAGAAAUUACAGACUUAGUAUUUACGCUGUUAUUUUAAUAAAGUGUCUUAUUUUUAUAGAAAAAGCAUUCUUGGCUGCAUUGUAUGCUAAAUAUUCUGGCCUCAUCAGUUAUCUGUCUUUGGGGAAGUUAGAUGGUUGGCCUGUCAAAGCCCUGUUUUUACCCUUCAUGGCUGCUAACUAAAUGAUACUUGGAAGAAAACAGAAAUUGAGCCCUUUGGCUUUGUCUUUGUGGACCCAACCCUUAUGAAGCAAUGGCUGAUAUUACUCUCCCCUCUCACCCUCUCUUCCUGCCAGAGGCUGACUCCUAUCUCACCCGGUUCACCGUCCCUCAGACAUACAAUUACUCUGUCCUCCUUGUGGAUCCUGCUUCCCAUACACUUUAUGUCGGCGCCCGGGACACCAUCUUCGCUUUAUCCCUGCCCUUCUCAGGGGAGAGACCCCGCAGGAUUGACUGGAUGGUGCCUGAGGCCCACAGACAGAACUGUAGGAAGAAAGGCAAGAAGGAGGAUGAAUGCCACAAUUUUGUCCAGAUUCUCGCCAUUGCCAAUGCCUCUCACCUCCUCACUUGUGGCACCUUCGCUUUUGACCCGAAGUGCGGGGUUAUUGAUGUGUCCAGUUUCCAGCAGGUUGAAAGACUUGAGAGUGGCCGAGGGAAAUGUCCUUUUGAGCCAGCUCAGCGGUCAGCAGCUGUAAUGGCUGGGGGGGUCCUCUAUGCUGCCACUGUGAAAAACUACUUGGGGACGGAGCCGAUUAUCUCCCGGGCUGUGGGUCGCGCUGAGGACUGGAUUCGGACAGAGACCUUGCCAUCCUGGCUUAACGCCCCAGCCUUUGUUGCAGCCGUGGCCUUGAGCCCAGCCGACUGGGGAGAUGAAGACGGAGAUGAUGAGAUCUACUUCUUCUUUACGGAGACUUCCCGAGCAUUUGAUUCGUAUGAGCGCAUUAAGGUCCCACGGGUGGCCCGUGUGUGUGCGGGGGACCUUGGGGGCCGGAAGACCCUCCAGCACAGAUGGACAACAUUUCUGAAGGCUGACCUGCUAUGUCCAGGGCCUGAGCAUGGCCGGGCCUCCAGUGUCCUGCAGGACAUGGCCAUUCUUCGACCUGAGCAUGGAUCGGGGCCCCUCAUCUUUUAUGGCAUUUUUUCCUCCCAGUGGGAGGGGGCUGCCAUCUCUGCUGUCUGUGCCUUUCUACCACAAGACAUUCGGACAGUGCUGAAUGGUCCCUUCAGAGAGUUGAAACAUGACUGCAACAGGGGACUGCCUGUCAUGGACAAUGACGUACCCCAGCCCAGACCUGGAGAGUGCAUCGCCAACAACAUGAAACUUCAGCAGUUUGGCUCAUCACUUUCCCUGCCUGACCGUGUGCUUACCUUCAUCCGGGACCACCCACUCAUGGACAGGCCGGUGUUUCCCGCCGAUGGUCAUCCCCUGCUCGUCACUACAGAUACAGCUUAUCUCAGAAUUGUGGCCCACAGGGUGACCAGCCUCUCAGGGAAAGAGUACGAUGUGCUCUACCUGGGGACAGGUACAUUUCAUAGUCAAGUGAGUUGCCCAUCCAGUGCACACAUGCCCCUGUCACAGAGAGGGUCCCAUACAUAUAGGUGUCAGAGUCCCAGGCACAGGUAUAGCUGUCAUUGUGUCUUGCCCCUUGCCUGCUUCCUAGAGGAUGGACACCUCCACCGAGCAGUGCAGAUUGGAGCCCAGCUCAGUGUCCUGGAGGAUCUGGCCUUAUUCCCUGAGCCACAGCCAAUUGAGAGCAUGAAAUUGUAUCAAAACUGGCUCCUGGUGGGCUCCCAUACUGAGGUGACACAAGUGAACACAACCAACUGUGGCCGUCUCCAGAGCUGCUCAGAGUGUAUCCUGGCCCAAGACCCUGUGUGUGCCUGGAGCUUCCGGCUGGAUGCGUGUGUGGCCCAUGCUGGGGAGCAUGGAGGGUUGGUCCAAGACAUAGAGUCAGCGGAUGUCUCUUCUUUGUGUCCCAAAGAGCCCGGAGAACGCCCAGUAGUGUUUGAAGUUCCUGUGGCUACAGCUGCGCAUGUGGUCUUGCCAUGUUCCCCAAGUUCAGCAUGGGCGUCCUGUGUGUGGCACCGGCCCAGUGGAGUGACUGCACUUACCCCCCGGCGGGAUGGGCUGGAGGUGGUGGUAACCCCAGGAGCCAUGGGUGCUUAUGCCUGUGAAUGUCAGGAGGGUGGGGCUGCCCGUGUGGUGGCUGCUUACAGCUUGGUAUGGGGCAACCAGCGGGGCCCCCCAAGUCAGGCCCACACAGUAGGGGCGGGACUGGCUGGCUUUGUCCUGGGGGUUCUUGCAGCAUCCCUGACUCUCCUUCUGAUCGGUCGGCGUCAGCAGCGACGGCGACAGAGGGAACUUCUGGCCAGAGACAAGGUGGGCUUGGACCUAGGGGCCCCACCAUCUGGGACCACAAGCUACAGCCAGGACCCUCCCUCUCCUUCUCCUGAAGAUGAGCGGCUGCCCCUGGCCCUGGCCAAGAGGAGCAGUGGCUUUGGUGGCUUCCCUCCCCCCUUCCUGCUUGAUCCUUGCCCGAGCCCAGCCCACAUUCGGCUCACCGGGGCUCCUCUAGCCACAUGUGAUGAAACAUCCAUCUAGGGCAAAUGACCGCUAGUGCAUUGGUAGCCCCUGGAGGGGAAUGACCAUUAAGAUGCUGGGUGUAGUGGGCCUGGAAGACGGUCAUGGCCUCUGGGUUCUCUUUUGGUCUUUGUGUAAUCACUUAGACUUCGUGUCUGCCUACUCGGGGCCUGGCUGGGCUCUGGCCCAAGCCUGUGCUUGAUUUCCUGAUUGCCAUGCGAGAUCAGAGCUGCCUUCUCCAGCAAAUCAGGACUUUUCCCAUGCCUGCCCUCUGAACCGCUGCGACCCCUUCAGCCUUGGCCCCCCAUCUUGGGCCCAUUAGUUUGGGGAUGGGGAACAGAACAUAGCUAUGACUUUGCCUUCUGGUGGGCCCUGGCAGGAAGGAAGGCCCCUUAGAGGUGGUGUGGGGCUAGUGUGCAUUGAUCUUUUUGUUCAUUCUCUUUAGUUUAUUGGAUUCUCUGUGGGGAGUGCAUGAUCCCCAUGUCACAACAUGAAAUCUCUGCCCUGAGAUGUCCCCCAACCCAGUUUUCCUUCUUCUGUAAAAGAGUGUGUGUGUAUACACAGGUGUUCGUUGGAGGCCUGGCCACAUGUGCAUGAAUGACUGGGCCAAUGCUCAGGUGUACUCAUGAGGGGUCAGGAGGGGAAGGUGGGAAUGGAGGCAUUGCCUGCAGAACUUCAGACCCUGCAGGCAGUGAAGGAAUGGCUUUCCUUUCUAAAAGGAAACAAGCCACCACCCCAUCCCCAUCAUCUCCUACAACCCUUCUCUUGAGUAGAGAAAAACUCCCCAAGUGACCUUUUGGGUGGGAAGGACAGCGGUACAUGUGACCCCAUCUUUCUCUUUGUUUUUGCCUCCUGGCUGCCACCACUGCCACGCACAGCUGUUCUUUUUCUGGCUGGAGUAUAGGCUGGACCGCCUUCUUUGGCUCCCAUUAAAAAAACUUCACAACAUUCUAAGUGUAAGGGACAACAAAAGGGGAAUAGUCAUAGGAAGUAGAAGUUGCAAAAAAAUAGGUUUGUAUCCGUGACUACUCAGGUUGACACCCUCGCCCUAAAUCAGAAGUUCUCCACCUGGGGUCCAUGGACUCCCUGAAAUCAUAUGCAAAAUGUUGUCUGUACCUGUGAGUCUGUGUUUUUGUGGGGGUGGGGGGUUAUGGCUUUCAUCAGAUUCUCAAGGCCUUAACAAAGUUAAAGGACCACGCCUCGAGGUUGCCACACAUUGGCCAAGCUGAGGGGUGCCACACAGCGGCAGCUCUUCCUGCCCCACCAUCCCUUCCCUGUGGCCCGCCCUGGACUUGCAGCUGCUGGAUGCCCUCUUGUUUCUCCCAUCCCUGGAAACUGGGCUCUGUGUGUAUUUGAAGAUACUGUCAACUCCUACCAAACAUAAAGGCCUCUUCCUGCUUCACAGCUCCCAGAUGCUCUAGGCUUCUCCUGCUCAGUCCUGGUCUUGGCCUGUGUAUGUGCCUCGUUCAUCCCUGGUGGGGGACCCCCUUGAGCUCCAGUGAAUGAUCCAGCCCUUCUAAGUUGAAGUUUCAAAUCUACUUACCUUGGCAGCAGCCUGUGAACUACUCAAAAGAGUCCCCUUGGGUUUGGGAUUAUCAGUGGCUUUGCCACUAAUAAGUGUAUGAUUUUCAGCAAGUAAUCUAAUAUAGGAACAUUGGUUUACUCACCUGUAAAGUGGGGAUAAUAAUACCUACCUCAGGGUUGCUGCAAGGAUUAAAUGGGGAAACAUGUAAACAAUAAAGCACUAUCUAUUCCA